GUGUCCAUGGCAACCACAAAUUCAGUGCACUAACUGCUGCUAACUAGCCAGCCAACACAUUUAGCCGAAUAAAACAAAAUCUCCCUGUGACAAGCAGAAAGCUGGGUUUGUAGAUAUGGAUGCCACGGUAAAGCCUUUGAGGAUUCCUCCUGAAAUGGCCAUUUAUGCGGAGAAACAUGAAGUUUUUGACUUGCUGCAGUCUCUGGUUAGAAAUUUGGUCGUUGACAAGCCUGCGGACCCCAUUCAGUAUCUAAUUGGGAUGCUGAAGAGAGGCAGUGUUGAGGUGCCUCGAGUGAUCUUGCUGGGCCCGCCAGCAUCAGGGAAGAGAACCGUGACCAAAGCCCUGUGCGAGCGCACCCAGGCCAUUCAUGUGACCAUCAGCCACAUCCUGAAGGAGGACCCCGACUUAAAUGGACAGCCCCAGCAGUGUCAGGACAGAGGAGAGAAGAUCCCAAGUGAUCUCUGGACCAGGAUGGUGCGACAUCGGCUGUCCAGGAUUGACUGUGUGCGCAGGGGCUGGGUUCUGGAAGGAAUCCCUAGAACUCGAGAGGAAGCUCUGAGUCUUCAGGAAGCUGGAAUUGCUCCAGAUCAUGUUGUGGUGUUGGAGGCUCCCGAUGAUGUUCUGAUUGAGAGGAGUUUGGGCAAGAGGAUAGACCCAGAGACGGGAGAUGUGUACCACGUGGCCUUCAUGCGUCCAGAGAGCCAGGAGGUGCUGCGGCGUCUGGAGCCUCCAAAGGAGUUUGUGACGGAGGAGUUGGUCACUAAGCAACUGCAGCACUACCGCCGAGAGGCCCACGGCCUGCUGAAGACCUACGGCUCCUACCUGCACUACGUCAACGCUGACCAGCCCCAUGUGGACGUCUGCGCUCAGGUUCUGACCUACCUUCUGUCUCGGCACCGGUCCACUGCCCCCCACACCCCCCGCAUCCUGCUGUUUGGCCCUCCAGGGUCCGGCAAGAGUCUGCAAGCACGACUCCUGGCUCAGAAGUACAACAUCAUGGACAUCUGCAGUGGGAAAUUGAUCAAGGCAGUCUACGCAGACGAGUCCAGUAUGGGAGAGCUCCUCAAACCCUACCUAGAGUCUGGAGAGAAAGUGCCGGACAGCAUUGUGCUUCAGAUCCUGGUGGCCCGGCUGAGUCGUCUGGACUGUACCACGCGUGGCUGGGUGGUGCAUGGCUUCCCCCGUGAUGUGGAACAGGCCGAGAAGCUGCGCGAGUCCAACCACAUCCCCAGCAGAGUGUUCUUCCUGGACAUGACUGACGAUGUGGCAGUGGAGCGCCUGUCCCUCAGGGCCGUUGACCCAGUCACAGGAGAGAGGUACCACUCUCUGUACCGGCCAGCCCCCAGCUCCGAGGUGAAGGCCCGUCUGGUGUUCGACCCGCGGGACAGCGGGGGCCGGGUGCGCGCCCGCCUCCGACAGUACUGGGAACAGGUGGCCAUGCUGCAGGGCUUUUACCCCAACGCCAUCCACAUCAACGCCGACCAGGACCCCCACACCAUCUUCGAGUCCAUCGAGAGCCGCCUGGUCGGACGCCUCCCCAAGACCCUGAUGAACGGGCAGCAGAGCCAAUCAACAUGAGCCAAUCCCAGCUCUGGGCCCCGUGAUCCCACCCCCCUGCUGUGCCCGCGUGUGACAUAACAGCCCCCACACCUCCCUGGCAUGAGGAGAGAGGAGCCGCCUGCAGCAGCUCUGUUUGUGAUAAUAAAGCUCUUUUACUAA